GUGCCGCGAACAGCACGUUGCUCUCCGCCGCUGCUACGCCUGCAGUGGAUUCACGUUUUUCCACGCAGUCGAGUUGUAAGAUGGCGGCGCGGUGGGGAACAGGCGAGGAGAUGUUAAAAGCCUGUAAUACUCAAAUGUUCUCACCGGUGAAUCUUGACGAGGUGGAGAUGCUUCAGGAAAGCUUCAAUGCCGGCUGUCUGGAGUAUCCUGGCCUUAGCAAUGGAGAUGCUCUGGAGGCUUUACAAGGCUGUCUGGAUCCUUCUCUUUUGUCUAUUUUUCAGGACAGCCCCACUGGAGGAGUUAAAAGUAAUAUUGAUGAGGAAAGUGAAGCGACGCUGCUCACCGCUCUCACUGAAAUACUUGACAAUGUUGAUGAUGAAAACUUGUCCCCUUUUGACACUCUGCCGGAUUCAGAGCUGUUCUCAGGGCAGAAGGGUCAGGAUCACUCACCGCUGAGGAAGUUCACCACACGGUCUCCUCCAGAAUCAAUGAUUCACACAAGACCGUUUCCUGGGAAGAGUCUCCCACGAAUGCAGAGAGUAUCCCAGCAGAACAGUGAAGGAGAAGAGGAGGAUGGCGACGCUACUUUUUCAACCCCCAUUCCUAAUAUUGAUUUAUCACUGGAUGAAUUUGAUUGGUGCCUUCCUGUGUCCUUAGAGCAGGAUGGAGAGAGUAUGCAGUUUACUCUCAGCGAUUUAGUAAAACACAUGCACCCUUACUGCAUGACAUUAUGUGUGGAAGGAGAAGAGGGACAAGAGCAUCUCCUGCCUGAGAGGGGACUUGUGCUAGAAGUGGUUGAUCAAGGAGAGCAUGGAGAGCCCAUCCUGGCAAUCCCAGAUCUCAGCAUCCCUCUUUCUCACACACACUCUACAGAAGGUGAACAAAGAGUACCGGAGAAUAGCAUAAGCAAGCCAGAACUAAAGCGUGAAAAUAGUGCGGAAAUUGUCCCAAGUCCUUCUGAAGUGUCUUUCAUGGAGAAGGAGAGAGAGGGUGUCAGGGUACGUAAAGGGAAGAAGAAGACACGUAAACUACCUGAAGCCCCUCUGGUUGAACAGAGAGUUUUGAGAAGCUCAAGAGUUAAAGAGGAGCCACAGACAAAAUGCCAGGGAAAACAAAAAAAGAAAAAGGUUACUUUCUCACCUGUGCUCUCAUCGGCAGAGCUCAGAAAACCUAAACGUGAUCUUCCAACAGACUUGAUGACCCUUAAACCGCAGGUUGAGAUGGAGCAUAUCACAACCCCCCAAGCUCACAACUCGCAGCCAGAGAACAAACCUCUUGAAAAGUCUGUGGAGCAAGAACCACCCUCAAAGCUAGAGCCUGUUAGCGAACAGCCUGCUGCUUGUCAGCGGAAUGAAACUAAGCCCAAACCUCUCAGUUUACAGCAGUACCGUCUUCUCCGCCAGCAAAAGAAACCAGAUCCUGUGGACAAAACAGAGGAUUACAGCACUAAAUGGCCCAAGUUACCUGAACCACCCAAGGAGCUUCCCCCAAUACCCUGCCUGCCAGACCCCAGCCCCAGAGAUCCACGUAAAACCAUGCAUACCCCUGUUAAAAAAGACCUUGCACCUAAAAUAAUGCCGGCAUGGCACCCGAGAGGCCCCGCUGCUCCCCCAACGCCUGAAGCCUUGCUCACCCCGCCGGCUUCACUGAUGGCUUCCUCGAAGAAACCUGCAACUUCUAAACCAUCCCCUCAACCUUCUGAUACAUCUAAAAGUUCACCCCAAUCAUUUCACCCCACUCCCCAGAAACAACCUGCUCCCAUCGGCGUGUCACAGAACACUAUUCAUACUGAGACCUCUGCCCCCAUCAGACAUGUGGCUGAGGUGCCUCCUGAAAGCGCAGUUUCACUCCCAGUGUCGUCUACAUCUGGAGGCUCUCAAGGUCUUGAUGCACAGAGUCAUAAGGAAUGUUUACAUGGGAACCCCAAUGCUGCUCCAUCCCAAACUCCCUCAAGUUCUCAGAUGAUCACUACACAAGUUCAGAACUCAAACUCCAGCCCUCAUAAACCUAGUGCUGCUGUGCCUGCGAAGAGAGAGACCGAGCAGGUUGUUUUGGCUCCUGUGUCUGACCAAGCCAAAAACACCCUGCCAGCUCAUUCUAAAAAGCUGACCUCACGGUCACAGCCUCAUAUCGCACCAAUAGCUGCUCAGCCAUUUUUCUCUGCUCACGUUCAGGCCAGAGUUGUUGAACUGGCAGAUCAGAUGAGGAUGGCUUCCUCUGAGAUCCCCAAACCUAAGAACACCACAGUUGAGCUGAUUGAGUCCUUCACAAGUGAAAUUGGUAUUGAAGCUGCUGAUCUUACAAGCCUCUUGGAGCAGUUUGAGGAGUCUCAACCGAAAGAAGAGCAGAGUGUACCGGAGGUCUGUGGUAGAGCAGCUGCUGUAGGAAACUCCAGUUAUGAGCAGCAGGUGGAGACCAAGGCCGUGGAGAAAACCUGCAACCAUGACCUGGCAAGCACUGCAGGCCUUACACCUCCUGCCACACCCCCACACCAGAUGUGGAAGCCUAUUGCCCCAGUUUCACUUCUGGGGAAAACCAAGAAGUCAGAGGUCCUUAAACCAACUCUUAACAAGGCCAUUGAGAUAGAGGCCAGACCACUACCUUCAAAUAAGCUGCGCAGCCAGCCUCAGACCCCUACUAUUCCUGGACAGACUCAGCCUUUCUCCCUUGACCACGACUACUGCCUCCCCCCAAAAGAACCCUGUCAGAAUGAAGUUGGCAGUCGGUGGAAUGUCAAACUACAGCCUAGCAUUGUUAUCAAGACUGUUGAGCUGCCACCCAACAAGCAAGCACAGAACAGCAGAGCUACAUCAACCCCUUCAGUUACAGAAGGAACCCAGAGAAAUCUCAGCCUCCGUCAACCUUCUGCAGAUAGGAGCUGUACAUUAGAUAGCUCUGCCUUGGUGACUCCGGAUGCCUCUCCAAGCAGGCCUGACUCUGAAAGCUGUUUACUGGAUGAAGAGAAAUGCAACCAGCAGAAAUCUGUGAGCUACUCUGAGCAUACCUUCAGAUCGUACCAGCAGGACAGAGGCCGCUCAAAGCGAAGAUACAGAGCCCAAUCCUCUAGUAGCUUAGAAUCCAGCUCCGAGUCUUCUUCCAGAUCACGUUCACCACCAAGGAAAAGAUACAGGUCUCGUCACUCAAGCAGCAGAUCCAGUUCAUCAUCUCGGUCUGGUUCCCGAUCCAGCUCCAGGUCGUUUUCCCCACCCCGCCGGCGACGGUAUUCAUAUUCGAGUUCACGCUCUGGAUCCUGGAGCCGCAGCCGCUCCCGAUCCAGAUCCCGCUCCUCUGAUUCUCUUGGACAUCGGCAUUGGAAAAGUCAUAGAAGCCCUAAUCAUCAGAGGGCUGGUUACCGGCAUUCGCAAAAUUGCAACGAGGAUGCAAAAAGACACAAAGAGAAAGCCAUUGAGGAGCGGAGAGUUGUUUAUGUCGGACGAAUUCGUGGAAGCAUGACUCGUAAAGAGCUGAAAGAACGCUUCUCAUUCUUUGGAGAGAUAGAGGAGUGCACUGUGCACUUUAGAGAAAAUGGGGACAGCUACGGCUUUGUUACAUACUACAAUAAGAAGGAUGCGUUUGAUGCUAUUGAGAGUGGAAGCAAGCUGAGGGAGCAAAAUGAGCUUCCUUUUGACCUGUGCUUUGGAGGAAGGAGGCAGUUCUGCAAGACCAGUUAUGCUGAUCUUGAUUCAAACCGGGAGUACAAUCCACAGCCUACAAAAGGCAAAUUUGAUGCACUAGACUUCGACACUUUACUCAAGCAGGCUCAGAGGAACCUGAAAAGGUAACGAUUAAUCAAGCCACAGGAAAGAAGACCGAUUACCUCGGAGCAAAAUGCUGCCCCGCAUUUCCAGUGUUGCCUAUUAAUUACCAUUUUUGGUUGUUUUUGUUUGUUUUUCUUUGUGUUUUUGUUUGUUUCUGCAAGUUUACACCUUCUAUUGAAGUGAUGAUUUGUAAGAAAAAUCGAAGUGCAAAAAAAAGAUAAUGAAAUAUAAUAAAACUGUGUAAUGAAAUAAUAGAUUUUUUUUUUAAAAGAUUCAAUUUAUUUAAAUGUUUAAUCUGAAUUGCUGAAUGUUGGAUACAUUUUAAUAUGAAUUGAAUGGAAACAUUAUGUUGGGGUAAACAGGUUUAUAAUGCUGAAUUUAUUUCAAAGUAAAUAAACCUGGUUGUUGUUGUCUCUUUUGAGAUUAAAA